AAAUUACUCAUUGGUCAUGUUUGGACUUUGGUGGUUUUUACAUAUUUUUCGGCAGCAGAGAUCUAAUCAGCCACAGUAACUGGCUGCACCUGUGUGGCUGUGCGCCUCUUCAGAGCUGACUCAAAUUAUACACAUGAAUAUUCAUUCUUCGCAUUAACUGAAAAACUGACCAUUAACUGACUUAACGUGUUGGCCACUGCGCCUACAGCUUUUUUGGUGUUGUAAUCUGGGUUGCUAUCUCUAAAAUGUGGCAGGUAGACUACGUUUAACCAAGAAAGGAGCGGUGAGUGAUGUGAAAUGUUAGUUUUGUUAACUGGACGGGGGAAAGAAGGAUGGAGGAGACGCGCCAUUUCUCCAGAAAUUAUGGAAAUGCGCAUCACAACGCCACGUCCCAAGCUAGCUGAGAAAGCUCGGCUAACUAGCUAACAUUUUAGAGACACAAUGACGGACUACAAGCCAACAAAACAACUCUGGAAAAAGACGCACAAAGGGGCUGAUAUGGCUGGAUGCUAAUACCAACACCGGGUUGUAUCAUGGAUGCUAACACGCCUGCACCACCCACCAGUCCACACGAUGGCCAUGUCCAGGUAUGAAUCGUAGGCGAGGAUUAAUAGUCUUCUUCAGGGACACUUCUCUUUGGCCAGCUCAAAGGAUUUAAGGGUUUAUUAAGUGGGCCAGUUGCCAUAGCGACGCUUUGGCAGGAAAUUGCCAGGAUAAGCCAUAAUGGGUCUCCUGACGCAGUUCACCCUGCUCCUGUGGAAGAACUUCACUCUCCGGAAGAGACAAAAGGUGCGGCUGGUUGUAGAAGUGAUAUGGCCUCUGUUUCUCUUCUUCAUACUGGUGUUGGUGCGCUCAACCAACAAACCAUUUUACAAAGGCCAAUGCCACUACCCAAAUAAAGCCAUGCCAUCAGCUGGUGUGCUGCCCUGGCUUCAAGGUAUGGUGUGUAAUGUCGACAAUCCCUGUUUGAGCUAUCCAACGCUGGGUGAGACACCGGGCCAAGUCAACAACUUUAACAACUCAAUAAUUUCUGGGAUGUUGAUAGAACUGCAAACGCUCCUGGUGAACAGAUCUAUUCUCAGCAAGGCUCAGGUGCUUGCAGAUGACAUCGACCAGUGGAAUUCUAUAAUGUCACAGUCCAACCCUGGUAAUGGUCAACCAGUGAUCCUAAGGAGUAUCCUACGAGAUGAUGAGACUUUCUCCACUCAUCUCAAGGAGAAUUUGACCGUGCCACCUACAGUGGUCCAAAGCCUCAUGAAUGCUCAGAUUAAACUCAAUUCAAUGAUGGGCACCCCGAGGCCCGGCAACCUGAGGAGCAUCCUGUGCGAGGGGACAGAUCUGGAUCAGUAUGUCCAAUUUAGCAGCCAAGCUGAAAAGGAGGCUUUUCAAAAUGUCAGCUGCUCCCUCACUCCGCAGCAGCUGAUUAACACCCAGCAAGUGCUCCUGCAAAACCUGGAUGCGAGGAGAGUGCUCUCUGAGCUUCCUUCAGCUUUGGACCUGAACACAGCAGACUCAGCUGCGUUAGUGAGGAAAAUCGGUCAGGAUGCGGUACCAGUGAUUGAGGAGUUGGCCAGGUUGCAGAACUCCAUGAUCCUUAAGGCUGCAGAUGCAUUGGAUUUCCAAAGAGACAUGUUUGGCAGCAUCGGUACGCUGCUGUGUAAAACGCAGACUGACUCUAAUUCCACCAAGAUGCCCUUCACUUUACGCUCGCCUAGAUCGAUGCAUCACAACAUGGCAAACUCCAUGGGCAACAGUUCUGAUGCUUUUUGUCAGACCCUUGUCGACACCCUGGAGGGCACACCUGGUCUGCGCUACAUUUGGAGCACCUUCAAGCCGUUAUUGCAAGGGAAAGUCCUCUAUGCACCUGAUACACCUGCUGCUCGCCUCAUAGUGAAAGAGGCAAACAGCACAUUCACCGCGUUGGCCAUGCUCAAAGAGCUCGCUGAUUCGUGGGAUGAACUCGGGCCACGUGUCUGGGAUCUCUUUCAAAAUAGCCCUCGAGUUGAAGCAGUCCGGACUCUGCUGGCGAAUCCGCUGUUUGCUGUUGUCUUCAACCAGCGUCUCGGCGGCACAGGGUGGACAGCCGAGCGGCUAGCCAACUUCCUGUACAGCGGACCUCCAGAGGAUCGUCCACCCGGCAUGCAGCCCUACGACUGGCGAAAUGUCCACAACACCACUACCCAAAUCAUGAAGCUCCUCUCCAACUUCCUUGGUUGUUUAGACCUGAAUAAGUUUGAGGCAUUCCCAACUGAAGGCCAUCUGGUGACCAAAGCCCUGGACCUUCUGGAAAACGGUACCUUUUGGGCCGGUGUUGUCUUUGAGAACCUCCAGCAAGACGCCAGCCAGCCUCCUCCUUAUGUCAAAUACAAAAUCCGCAUGGACAUCGAAGAGGUAGAGCGCAGCAACAAAUUGAAAGAAAGGUUAUGGUUUCCCGGGGCCCGAGACAACUCCUUUAACGACCUGCGCUAUAUAUGGGGAGGCUUCGCCUACCUGCAGGACAUGAUGGACCACGGCAUUAUACGAGCGCACACGUCAAAGACCCAACCCCUUGGUGUUUUUGCCCAGCAAAUGCCAUACCCUUGCUUCGUGGAUGACGGGUUCCUCCGGAGUCUGGCACGCUCCCUCCCCUUAUACAUGACCUUAGCCUGGAUCUACUCUGUGGCCGUGAUCGUUAAAAGUAUCGUUGCAGAGAAAGAGGCCAGGCUUAAGGAGACAGUGAGGAUCAUGGGCCUGAAAAGUGCCAUCUAUUGGCUGAGCUGGGGAGUGUCGAGUUCCCUGCCGCUGGCUGUCAGCUCUCUCCUGCUUGCCCUUAUACUGAAGUAUGGCAAAGUGCUGCAGUACAGCGACCCGUCUGUAAUCUUUGUCUUCCUGCUGGUGUUCUGCCUGGCCACCAUCACUCAGUGCUUCUUCAUUAGCGUCUUCUUCUCUAAGGCCAACUUAGCAGCGGCGUGUGGUGGCCUCAUCUACUUUGUCCUCUACCUGCCGCACGUCCUUUGCUUCGCCUGGAGCGACGUCAUGAGUUUUGGGGCCAAGGUUGCCGUGAGUUUACUGUCCUGUGUUGCUUUCGGCUACGGGUGUGAGACCUUUGCCAAGUACGAGCAACAAGGCGUUGGAAUCCAGUGGUACAACAUCAACUUGAGUCCAGAAGAGGGAAACCGCUACACCUUCAUCGUGUCCAUCUUUAUGAUGCUCAUCGACGCUGCUAUUUACUGGGUGCUCACCUGGUACAUCGAGAAUGUCUUUCCAGGGCAGUAUGGAAUCCCAAAGCCAUGGUACUUCCCUUUCACUUCAUCUUAUUGGUGUGGGACAGCCUCGAGGACCCGCGUUGACCCAGACCUGCUGAAGGACUCCACAGCAUACAGCGAGUAUCUGGAGAAACCACCGCCAAAUCUGAAGGCAGGGGUCUCAAUCCGCAACCUUGUUAAAAUCUACAAGACUGGGAAGAAGCUUGCUGUGGACGGACUGAGCAUAGACUUCUAUGAGAAUCAGAUUACAUCUUUUCUUGGCCACAAUGGAGCCGGCAAAACAACCACCAUGUCAAUUCUGACAGGACUCUUCCCGCCUACAUCAGGAACAGCUCUCAUCAACGGAUACGACAUCCUCUCCGACAUGGACAGCAUCCGAAAGUACCUGGGAAUGUGCCCACAGCACAACGUCCUGUUCAAUGAACUGACGGUGGAGGAGCACAUCUACUUCUAUGCGCGGCUGAAAGGAUGCAGCCGCGAUGAAGUGAAAAUUGAGAUGGACCAGAUGAUUAAGGAUGUUGGCUUGCCACAUAAGCGGAAGGAGCUCGCAAAGAACCUGUCAGGUGGGAUGCAGAGGAAGCUGUCUGUGGCUAUAGCAUUUGUCGGCGGUUCAAAAAUCGUCAUCCUGGAUGAACCUACAGCAGGAGUGGACCCCUACGCCCGCAGGGGGAUCUGGGAACUGCUUUUAAAGUACAAGCAAGCUCGCACCAUCAUCUUGUCCACACACCACAUGGAUGAGGCCGACAUCUUAGGUGAUCGCAUCGCCAUCAUCUCCCAUGGACAGCUGCGUUGCUGCGGCUCCUCACUGUUCCUCAAGAAAUACUUUGGCAGCGGCUACUAUCUCACUCUGGUCCGAGACGGAACUGAGAAGAUGACAGCUCAGCGAAAUGGCAUCAUACACAGUCAAGCCAAAGAGGAGAAAGGCUGUCCUUCGAGGAGCAGCAGCAUAGAUGACGGCAUUGGCAGCACAAGCUGGAGCAACUCCGAUCCCUCAGAUUUAACGGCUGUGGGUAAGCUUGUGCGGCGCCACGUCCCUGAGGCGGUCUUCCUGGAGAGCAUCGGUCAGGAGAUCACCUACAUACUGCCGUAUAGCGGAGCGAGAGAUGGGACCUUUGCUCUGCUCUUCCAAGAGCUCGACCUGGCCAUGGCUGAACUUGGCCUGACAAGCUACGGCAUCUCUGACACAACGCUGGAAGAGAUUUUCCUUAAAGUGGCAGAAGAUACCGGAGUGGAUGCAGAAAUACCAAGGAAUAAUAUGGCGUCAUGCAGGGCAGCAACGGAGCUGCUGGUGAGAGACUGCAAGAGAAGCUCCCGCACAUCCAAGAGGAACAGCAUCGCCAGCGCCCACAGUAAAACAGAGCACGUCUCUGGAAUAAAUGAAUUGAAAGAAAAGUUCACAAGUAAAGUUGAAGACUCAAAGAGGAACGCCACUGUCAAUGGGAAGGGAUCCACAGUCAUCACUGGAUGGAAGCUGAUCAGGAGGCAGUUCCUGGCGCUCUUUAUCAAGCGCUUCCACUACGCCCGAAGGAGCCGCAAGGGACUCAUUGCCCAGGUGGUCCUGCCUGCUGUUUUUGUGUGUCUGUCUUUGAUCUUCUCGCUCAUCGUGCCACCGUUCACUGAAUACCCGAGUCUGGAGCUGCAACCGUGGAUGUACGGCCUGCCUCAGACCACCUUUUACAGCAACGAUGGGCCAGAUAAUGUGGAGGUGUCUCGGGUGGUGGAAACCUUGGUGAACGAGCCUGGCUUUGGGACUCGCUGCAUGAUUGGAGACCCGAUACCGAAGUUACCAUGCUCACCGAGUGGCUCUGAGUGGUUCACUCCACCCGUGGAUCAGUCUGUCGUUGACAUCUUCCUCAAUGGGAACUGGAGCAUGUCAAACCCGUCCCCCUCCUGUGAGUGCAGCACACCUGAACGGUCGUUCAUGUUACCUGACUGUCCACCCGGUGCAGGAGGGCUCCCACCACCUCAGAGGAUCCAGAACACAACAGACACAUUGUUGGAUUUAACUGGCCGGAACAUGACGGACUUCCUGAUCAAGACUUUUGAGCGCCAGGGUAAAAAAAGGUACGGAGGGAUCUCUGUCGGAGGGGUCAACUCCCAAGUCCAUCUGAACGAGUCGGCAAUCGAAGAUGCAUUCAGGGAUCUAAAAAACCUUUUCAGUUCAUUUCAGGAUAAUUUGACUGAUCAGAUCCUCCCCAAGGCUGAGACGCUGCUGAAGAAGCUGGGAACCAGGGACAACGUAAAGGUGUGGUUCUACAACCAGGCAUGGCACGGCAUGGUGUCCUUCCUCAGCACGGCCAACAACGCCAUCCUGAGAGGAAAUCUGCCGGCAGGACAGGACCCCCGACAGUACGGCAUCUCUGUGUCCAAUCACCCCCUCAACCUCACCAAGGAGCAGCUCUCCUACGCUGCCAUGGCCACGACCUCCACUGACGUGGUUGUGUCCAUCUGCGUUAUAUUUGCCAUGUCCUUCAUCCCUGCCAGCUUUGUCCUCUUCCUCAUCCAAGAGAGGGUGAAUAAAGCCAAGCAUCUGCAAUUUGUCAGUGGAGUAAACCCAGCUGUCUACUGGUUGGCCAACUUUGCCUGGGACAUGUGUAACUACGUCAUCCCGUGCCUGAUUGUGAUUGUGAUCUUCCUCUGCUUUCAACAAAAAGCCUACGUUUCACCUGCUAACCUGCCAGCUCUGAUACUGUUGCUCGUUUUGUAUGGGUGGUCCAUCACCCCCAUGAUGUACCCCGCCUCCUUCAUCUUCAGCGUGCCCAGCACAGCCUACGUGGUGCUGACCUGCAUCAACCUCUUCAUCGGCAUUAACGGCAGUGUGGCCACCUUUGUUAUGGAGCUCUUUGAUGAUGAUAAUGUCACCCGCAUCAACGACAUCGUGAAGCAGGUGCUGCUGAUAUUCCCGCAUUUCUGUCUGGGCAGAGGGCUGAUUGACAUGGCCAAGAACCAGGCCAUGGACACCCUCUUCAGCAGUUUUGGGGAGAACCGCUUCAAGGACCCCCUCGGCUGGGACAUGGUGGGAAAGAACCUCUGCGCCAUGUUCAUCGAGGGAAUCGUCAUGUUUGCCCUCACGAUCCUCAUCCAGUACAAGUUCUUCUGCAAGCCGAGGCUUAUUUCAGCGAAGUCAUUAUCUGCAGAGGAAGAGGAGGAUAUCGACGUUGCUCGGGAACGCAGGCGGCUGUACGAAGGCGGGGCCCAGGAUGACCUUUUGAAGAUCUGCGACCUCACUAAGGUAUACCCUCGGAAGAGAUCUCCUGCUGUGGACAGGCUAUGUGUGGGCGUACCUGCUGCAGAGUGUUUCGGGUUGCUGGGAAUCAACGGGGCUGGGAAAACCACCACGUUCAAGAUGCUGACAGGAGACAUCCCAGUCUCCAGUGGAGAGGCCUUCCUAAAUGGAUACAGCAUCCGAACAGAAAUGAGAAAUGUGCACCAGAACUUGGGCUAUUGCCCCCAGUUCGAUGCCAUCGACGACCUGCUGACUGGAAAAGAACAUCUGGAGUUUUACGCGAGGUUACGAGGGGUACCGGAGGAAGAGGUCACCAUGGUGGCCGAGUGGGGGAUCCAGAAGUUGGGGCUGGUCAAAUAUUCCAACAAGUCAGCAGGAACCUACAGCGGUGGGAACAAACGCAAGCUCUCGACAGCGAUCGCCUUGAUCGGCUGUCCUCCUGUGAUUUUCCUGGAUGAGCCCACCACUGGGAUGGACCCCAAAGCCCGGCGAUUCCUGUGGGACUGCAUCCUGAGUAUCAUCAGAGAGGGACGUUCAGUCAUCCUCACAUCACACAGUAUGGAGGAGUGUGAAGCACUGUGCACCCGUAUGGCCAUCAUGGUGAAUGGUCGUUUCAAGUGUUUGGGGAGCAUCCAGCAUCUGAAGAGCAGAUUUGGCGAUGGCUACACAGUAAUCGUGAGGGUCGGCGGCUCUCCUCCUGCCUUGAAGCCAGUCGAGGACUUUGUCCAGAAGAACUUCCCGGGCAGCGUCCUGAAGGAGAAGCAUCACAACACGCUGCAGUAUCAGCUCCCGUACGAGCAGGGCGCUCUGGCCAACAUCUUCAGCGUGUUCACAAGCCAUCAGCAAAGGCUGGAAGUCGAAGACUACACUGUGUCCCAGACCACUCUGGAUCAGGUCUUUGUGAAUUUUGCAAGAGAGCAGCACGAGGACAAGGACUGUGAAGCCUACGACAACCCGGUGGAUACCUCAGACGAGCUGCCACUGAAGUCUGUGAGGACCGCCCGAGAAGCCCAGAUGGUGUGAUACAAAAAAGCAUGUUGCACCUACAUUUGUCUAGCAGUCUACUUCCAACAAGAUUAAAUUAGUGUUAUUUGUACUGCCAGAAUAAUGGCUCCACGACCAGAGCAGAGUGCAGUAUGUGGCUUUAAACAUUACAUUGUUUCUAAGAUGGACUUCGCCACAAUUCCUCUAACAUAGCUAAUCUAAACGUGUUAAAACUAUAAAAAACGUUUAAAACAAAUUGAAUGACUAAAUUUCUACACUCCAUUAACAUUCCAGCUCAUAAACUUAUUUCUGUCUAUAACUGAAUUGUAGAAAAGCAACUUUGUUUAAAACAACACGACUUUUGUUUUCUAUAGUUUCCGAUGGAAGUAGGCUUGUUGAACUGAGCAUCUGGAUACAAGGCCGAAUGAGGAGGCCACUGCACUGCAAUCAGGAAAAAUUAAACUGCAUGUUAGAAAAUAAUCAAUUUGCAAUUUAAACACACUCACUGCACUGCACAUUUUUCCUCUUGCACCAAGAAAAAUUCACUUUGAGAACAAAAUUACAGACAAAAAUUACUUCAUCACAGCGGCUUAACUUCAGAGACAGCAGUUUGAUUUUGAUUAGAGUACUUUUCUGGCCUCGUUAUACCUCAUAAGUGUGAAAGUACCUCGGGAGGCUCCACCGCUAGAGCUGAGCAUUAAGCAUUUAGGAUUAAGUUUUAACUUAGUUAUAUUUUACAUCUGUUCACAUUUGCUGUUGGUUGUUUUUUUUGUUUUUUUUAAUAUAGAGCUCAGGGUGCGAUCAGGUCAAAUGUUGGAUUGCUUACUUUAAAGAAUAUCACCAAGCAACUUAUGUGAGAAUAUUUUGUCAACACAAAUCCAACAAGAUGACAGGCACUUUAAUGAUCGCCGAUGAUAAGAAAUGAAUAAUAGCAGCUCUGUCAGAUCUGUUGACUUGGACUGUCUGAUUGAGCCUCCAGUCAGCUGCAGACAGUGUUUAAUGAAAGAUGUCGGUGUUGCUGCAGCGAGGACAAUACAGAGUCAGUCAGAGUCAACCAGCUGUCAGACACGUUCGGUCUGCAGGACAGACGACGCCUCCUUCGCGUGUGCCGACCUCAGCUCACAGACGACUGCAGCAGCAUUAAACUCAGCAAUCAUGAAUGUAAUCAGAAAAAUCUCUCACGAAUGAGGAACAACAGAUUUAUAUUUUGUGCAAUUUUUUUAAUGCAUUGCCCUGUGAAAUCUAUCUUUUAUUUAUCCUUUUCCAACUGUACAACUGAGAAUUCUUUUGUCAUAUGAAAUGCUGGUUCUGGCACUGGACACAAGAAACCAGUGUUAAUCUUCACUCCCACUCCUGCACAGAACUCUGCAUUUAAAGUGAAUACAUGUUGUCACCAUGUGCCUUUGAAACACACAGUUUUAAUAUGUGUAAACUAUGAUAUACUAUGCAGUUUUUUUUUUAUUUUUGAAUUGACCAUUUGCUAAACCUCUCCAGUUACUGCUGCUACACCUGUCAAGUUUUACAUUUGCAGAUAUGGAGUUUACAAUAAUAACACUGGCAAAUUAACAAUCGAAAUCCAUAGUAACUUAUGAAAACACUGGGGUCUUGAUUGAGCAAACGCUGCCUUCUAGCCGCCCUGCCAUCGCUUUAGCCACCUCAAAUGACAGCCAGCCUUGUGUAUAGCAAGCUAAUCAAGCUUCACUGUCUCAGGCGGAUUUUUUAAUAUUUUUGUAUAGUCUUUUGAAGGUGCAACAUGUAAGAAAUUAAGUUCAAAACAUUCAAACUGUAUUAACAUUAUAAACAACAAAUGUGGACAUUAUGUUAAAGAUGUCUACGUACUGUGUGGAAGAGAUAACAACUGAAGUUAGCAUGCUAACCAGUUACCCACAGGCCUGAUGACCUCAUUUCCCCUUCUGUCAAAAGCUCCUGUGCUCGGGGUGCAAACACCAACGCUCCCCCUGCUAGUCUGGCUAGCUGCACGGCUAACUGAGCUAACAGCAGUCAGCAGUUAUUCUGCUGCCUCUAUUUGUUGGCAGUUCAUACUCAUGCUUACAUAUUGCACCUUUAAAUGAAAACUGUACAUUUACGCUUGAUUGUCGCAUACAGGAUGUCAUGCUAAACAACUGAUGCUAAAGCUGCAUGUUCCAGGUAAAAUGUCAGUAUCAUAGUAUUAUAUUUGGAUAUAAACUUGCGGAUUCAUGUUUUUACUUUUAAUGUUCAGCAGGAAAAAGGCUUUUUGUGGAACAGCUAAUCAAUGUGUUUGGUGAAUUUAAUUCUGUUGCCUGGAGUUGAUGCAGUUAAAACUUUAUCCAAAUCCAGUUAAAAAAGCAGAACGCAGCUGCUAACGUUGAUCCAAAAUUAAACAUCAUCCAGGACGUUGGGGAAAUAAUAUCUUACAGAGUGGAUGUACUGUACCAGUCGCGAAAUAGACUCACUAAUAAUCGCGUUUUAAGGAGCUGAACACACUGUUAAAUCAAUUAAGUUCUUAUACUCUUGCUUUUGUGAUUUUGGUUUUGGCAAAGGUAAUAAAAAGAUACAACCCUCCAAACUCGUUAUAUGCCAAAUAUACACAACGCUUCAGUAUGAAUCCGGCACCUGACACACCUGCUGCUCUUACAGUAGUUAAGGUUUUUAAGCUAUGAUCGUUUAGCAAAUGGUCAAUUAUGUUUUCUAACAUUUCUAUCAGGUGUUUACAGUAGAAGUAGAGCUGUUUGAAUGAACGUGUAAUAUUUAGCCCUUUCAAAACUGCAUAUCUCGGACGAAAUCUCACUCAGGAAUGUUUUAUGUGCAAUUUUGACUCUGGAAUGUUGUUCGUCCAUUCCUAUUAGUUUCAUCACUCCGUCCCGUACUGUACAUGCAGCUCACAUGACGUGACACUUUUCCUUCAGAAUGCAAAUACUUCUUCACCCCGUGCCUGCGCUCUGGUUUACUUUGGGAGCUUGACAUAAUUUGUAUGCUGUGCUUAAAGUCCUCACAUUACUAUCAUGCCCGUUGAAGAAUAAUGAAUCCUGUUUGUACUGAAUAUUGCUUCAUGCCAAGACAAACGAUUAAACAUUUGCACAAAUUGUAA